GUGACUGGGCUUCGUCAUUAGCUUCGCGCGACUUGCUGAUUCUCGACAAGACACGUUCUCUCUCCCACCCCCGGCAUGAAAUGUGUAGAAUGCUGUGCGCCUGUUUCUUACCUGUACACAAAGUUUGGACGCGGUAAUCAAAAUAUACGUCUGGCACAAUGCGACAAUUGCAAAAAAUUCGCCGACAAGUACAUUGAGCUUGACUUUGUGCUGCUUAGCAUCGAUGUGAUACUCAUGAAACCGCAGGUGUACCGUCAUCUGCUUUUCAACAGUCUUAAUUCACGGAAUUUUCGGAAUGUGCUUAACUUUGCAUUUCUUGUGAUACUGUUUGACGUGUUUCUUAUAUGGUCACGGCUGGAGACACGCGCUACGCAGUUUCCCCUUUCCGUCACAAAGGAGUCGUUUGUUUCGAGACCCAUUGCUCUUCAGUAUCUUUUUCUUCUGUUCUUGUGUAUCUCGGAGACGAUUGUGUAUCAUCUUGCACUCCUACUGCUACUUCGGUUGUGCCUUGGUUGGCGACUUUUUCAGUCGGCGUGUGGAGCAGUCAUUAUGUCGUCCAGCACAAAAAUGUUGCCGGUAUUUAUGGUUAUUUGGGACUACGAUGUUCCUGCAGCUGCCAUGGUAGUGGAAUGGGUUGUGCUGCUAAGCAACACGGAGGCUCUUUCCAUACUGCUUGAAAACGUGAGUUUUUUCCGUAUCGGCCUUCUCGUCUUUUUCGCCAGCUUGUGCCGUUCCGUUUUUGUGUACGGACUGCUACACGUCUUGACUUUUCUUCCACUACAACCUCCUGCUCAUUGCAUGAGCCUUGGUCCUCACUUGUCAUUUCUUUGUAAGCUUGUUCACUCUGUAACCCUUACCACCCAAACCGCCGUCUAAUGAAACGCCGUUCUGGACGCUACAACUGGCUUAAGCGAAUUCCCCUACGCCCUUCAUUCACCCCGGUUUCUCUUUGUCUUCCCUUUCUCGUCUUUUACGUUUCGUUUUACUAUCCGCGGGAUAUCCGCGGUCAUUUAUCACAGGCUGGAUUCCUUCCCUAUACUAAUUCCUACCCUCAGAGUUGCAGUGGUCUUUUGUCUCCGUUUCAGUCUUACUGCCUUCUUCACAUACUACUAAUGGACCCCACCACCGCAUUAUUGUGUUAUUUAUCGUUGUUUCGCGUUAUAGUAAUUAACGCGCUUCAAUGCGAUUUAGUGCGCGCUAAAAUGGUCACACAAAACUUUGUUAAAAUAGAUAGUGCUGUUUAAUGAUACAUACCGUAACAACGGGAAUCCUCUCUUUAGCGCCGUAA